AUGGACAGUUUUAACAUCAGUUCAGCAGAGGGCUUCGUUUUGGUGGGCUUAUCAGAUUGGCCUCGCCUGGAACCUGUCUUCUUUGUCAUCAUUUCUGUUUUCUACUCCCUAACUCUCUUGGGCAACUCUGCAAUCAUCGUUCUGUCACGACUUGACCUUAGGCUGCGCACGCCUAUGUACUUUUUCCUGUGCCACCUCUCCUUCCUGGACCUCUGCUACACCACCAGCACUGUGCCCCAGAUUCUGGCCAGUCUCUCUGGACUUGACAGGACCAUCAGCUUUGGAAGGUGUGUGGCCCAGCUCUUCAUAAUGUUGUCCCUGGGUGGAACUGAAUGUGUGCUUCUGGUGGCGAUGGCCGCUGACCGCUAUGCUGCUGUGUGUCGUCCACUCCGCUACACGACCAUGAUGCACCCCCGUCUCUGCAGGGCUUUGGUUGGGUCCUCUUGGGUUGGGGGCCUUGUGAACGCUCUGAUUCAGACAGGCCUCCUGAUGGUGAUGCCUCUCUGCGGACACCGACUGAACCACUUCUUCUGCGAAUUGCCCACCCUCCUCAAGUUGGCGUGUAAGGGCACGGGUGUUACAGAGGCAAAUUUUUACGUGGCCCGAGUCAUCAUGCUGGUCCUUCCCGCACUGCUCAUUCUCGGCUCUUACGUGCUCAUCGCCAGGGCAGUGGUGAACAUCAAGUCAAUGGCUGGUCGCAGAAAGGCUUUUGGGACUUGUGCCUCCCACAUUCUAGUUGUGUCUCUUUUUUAUGGCUCAGCCAUCUACGCGUACCUCCAACCUGUCCACAGGUACGCUGAGCGCGAGGGGAAGUUUGUUGCUCUUUUUUAUACCAUAAUUACCCCCAUGCUCAAUCCUCUGAUUUAUACCCUGAGGAACAAGGAUAUGAAGGGGGCUCUGCGGAAGGUACUGGGGAGAGGCACAGAUUCUGGGUAG